UGACACACAGCUGGUUCAAUAUCAGCAAAGUUUCUCUGCUUCCCUUCACUGGUUCCUGUACAACAGGGUUAGUCUUUUUUUCACUGUUAAAAUCAUUAAAAAGCAAAAGCAGCAUGUGUAUACAUUCAGUAGGCUAUAUCUUCAGUAGCUAGCUAGCUAACCCUACACUUUUCAGGGUUUGAUUUUGGUUUUGGAACAGGGAAGAAACCUGACCUCUCCAGGUAACGAGUAUCAUUAAUACACGACGUGCCCCAGGCACAACAUUUAGCUCCAAAUCCACAAAACCAGCCUGAAAAUGAAGGAAAUCUGAGAUGACUGCAUUAGAGUCAAUGGAGCACAGCUGUGUUGUUGUCGGACCCUGAUCUGAACCAGCCCAGUGCUACAUUAUGAUUGGCCAGUCGAGCGAGACUUAGCUAAGGGUAAAAAAUUUUUGUGGGGCCUCAAACAUCUGCCUAGUUUGUCUCUCCCGACAGUGCGCCCAUGUCUACUGUCACGGCUACAUAUGGGUCUGGACAGAAAACUUGACAGGUUAAUGGAGUCAUACAACGGAUAGGCAGUAAUUCUAGUUCAUAUGGUGUUAACUCAUAACAGAAGUAGAUCAUACUCUAAUUUACAGACCCAACAGUUCCCAACAUGAGCAAGCACUUUGGGACAACGGCAGAGAAACCUUUAGCAGAACCAGCCUCAAGCUGGAUGUCCUUCUGCCUUGACAGGUUGGGUUGAGAGAGAGAAAGAGAUGCACAGCAAUAAUAAUAGCUACAGUGGCUGACUUUAUUUGUAAGUACAAUUGUACAUAGAUUUUGAGUUUAACCUUUGUUUAUCACAGCAGUGGUGGUUUUGCUCAUCUCAAUGUCACAACCUGGGCAUAUGCCUAUUCACACCCUAUACAAUGUGGUGGCUUGAAAAUGCAAACAUGAACUUUAAGUACAGUGUUGGGUCAGGAGGAGAAGAGAAUGUGUACACCUACCAGUGAAAAAGAUCAUCCUUCUCCAUACUGAGGAUUAUGUUUUCAUCUGGGAUUACAGAUGGUAAUAUUACGAUCGCGGCACUGGCUUGGGUCUUAAUGGUAAUGGGUUAAUACUCGGGAUUUAACUCUAUUUAAAAGCCUUCCACCAAGUCGUAUCCAGUACACAUUUGGAGUAGUGUCAAUCGGGAUUGUCAUCUCCACUGCACAUACAAUAGUUCCAUUCAAGAAGCACUGAAAGGACACACCGUCAUUUACAGUUAUCAGAGUAACUUUCUGUGCUGUUGUACAUUUUAUUUAGUUUUCACUUGUGGGCUCUUUCGCUUUUUUUGUAUUGUUUUCCACGACUUUCAGCUGCUGAAGCGGACUCAAAAUCAGACGCUACCGACACUGCACUGGUAAGACUUUUAUGGCAGAACAUUAAUUCCUGUGCUUGCAAGAUUUGUUUACAUUGAUGCCUUAUGUUCUUGACCGAUGUUUUUAUUUGUUGCAUAUUGUAUAUUUCUUUUAUACAUUUGUGUGCCAAAUAGUAUUUAGUUCUUGAAAGUGAACAAAAAGGCAAAUAUUUUAAGAUUUUGUAUUCAUUUUCUUCCAUGAACAAGCAUUUUAUCUCAAUUCAUUGGCAAAAUAAUAUUAUUAUUGGUUACAUGUUGCAUUCAUUGGUCAUACAUUGGUCCCUGACAUGACUUUCAGGACUUUUAUUGUGAUAGGAAGGUGUGAGAGCUUUUAGAAAUAAUUACUUAUACACAAAAUAAGCGAUUGUAAAUCAAUUAGUCAUGCCAUGUUACCUUGAAUUUGUUGUUUUUCUCACAUACAAAUGGUGAACAUAUUUAUUUACUGAUAGACUGGGGACCAUAGGGAUCGCCAAAAAACUGAAAAAACAUAGGAGGCCCCAGGGCAUGAGCAAAUCCUCAACAUAAUGAGUUCCUCACAGCGUGGACCAAUGGACGAACAGCAUUACUCCUGUCCUGUUAAAACCAGACAGAUCAAAACUUCCCCUGCAGGUUCACACUCUGAGGGGCAACACCUUGAUGAACUGCGGGUGUCACUGCCAGGGUUUAAUUACCAGGAACCCGGGAGCCAUAACCAUCACGGCUCUGCACCUCAGAUUUCUCUGACAGAGAGUACACCGGAUAGAAACAGGAAGCUUCUGUUCGUACCAGACAACCAAUUACAGGUUCCCUCUGAGCCUGAGCACUCCAAGUCUAUAGAGGAAGAAUCACCUGAUGAACAACUGAAGUUCAUGAAUAUGAUCAGCCGUGGCCAGCGGGGGCGCAUGGACGACCAGAGCUGUUCCAUUGAUCCUAGCAAGAGUGCACCCUGCACACCCAAACACGCAGACAGAAAGUCUGCUGCAAGUACAUCCAACACAGAUCCUGAAUCCUUCUUCAGCCUCUUGGCCAACACUCAGAGCCAACGGCUCGAUGACCAGCGGGUGUCCCUUCCAUCACUGCCAGGAUUGCAAGGAAAGGAAAAUGCCAAAUCAACUGCAGAGGGAGAUUCAAGCUACCUAUGUUACAUGGUCUCCAAAGUCCAGGGCUCCAGAAUGGAUGAACAAAGGUGCUCGCUGCCUCAGCUUUCAAAGCUGGAGACACAAUCCCAGUGUUCACCAAAAAAGAAUUUGUCUGCAUCUGGUUCAGGCGCUCCACGUUCAGCCUCAUUCAGCCCGGGCUCAGACAUAGAACGACCAAAGAGUAAAGAUAAAGCACCUCAAAAACAGGUCUUGACUUCAGCUGAACAGGAGGAAUUUUUUUCCUUAAUGACUCACUUCCAGCGUGAGCGAAUGGAUGAACAGCGAUGUGUCUUAAAUGUUAGUCCCCAGUGCACACCCAAACAUAAGCCCAGUGAGACCACCGAGCCCAAAGGUCCAGACUCUGAGAAGUUCUUCAGCAUGCUUGCCAGCUCUCAGGGCCGAAGGCUUGAUGACCAGCGAGUGUCUCUUCCCUCGUUGCCAGGGAUACAGAAUGGUGGUAGCACAUCAGCGUCAACUGCUGCAGAGAAGGACGCAAGCUACUUGUGUUACAUGGUCUCCAAAGUCCAGGGCUCAAGGAUGGAUGAACAGAGGUGUUCUGCACCACAAAUCCUCCAAAAUACGGGUACUCCGCGUACCGAGCGCAAAGAUCAUCCCAGUUCAGAUACAUCUGAAAAAACUCCCCAAAGGUCUUCCUCCUUAACCCGUGCCAAACCUGACAAAAAUAGCCAGGAGAUAUCUCCAGCUGAGCAGGAGCAGUUCUUCAAAAUGAUAAGUCAUGCCCAAGGCGGACGUAUGGAAGAGCAACGUUGCUCUCUACAGCCCAGCAGAAGUACACCUGCCACACCCACACACAAUGGAAGUGCUUUAAAUAAUGUCCCCACAGGUGCAGAUGCCGACGCAUUCUUUAAAUAUAUUGCCUCCAGUCAGGGGCAACGGCUAGAUGAUCAGCGCGUGGCACUCCCCACCCUGCCGGGGAUAAGUGGGAAUUCUGAAAGAAAGGAAAAUGGUGGAAAUACAAAGGCUAGAAUCUCAGCUUCUCCACCACACAUCACUGUGGCUGAAAGUACACCAACAGCACCAAGGAAGGACUGUUCCAGACGUACCUCUCAACCCCAGAUGACUACUGCAGAGUCUGUCUUCCCCGGAGCUAUACCCAAAUCUGCUUCAUUUACCAACGAGACAGAAUUUCAGAAGAAUUCCACAGCACAGGUGACAGUGAGGGUGUCCAUGAGCUUCACACCAGAGCAGAUACAGAAGAAUACCGGCCAACAUUGCACAUUCCCAGAAGUCUUCCUCACUCUAGGAGCCCCUGGAGAUAACCUUGUGAUCCCUCUGAGCCCAGGAGCUGGCCGACCCGUGUCCUUCAACUUAAACCUUGUCCCAAAAGAGGAAGUCAGGUCUAGGCACUGUUCUCCAAGCCAUGGAAGUCCCAGAAAGAAACACUCCAGGCCAUCAUCUCCCAACCCAAAUGACCAAGGGAGCAUGGCCAGCCCCAUCACUCCGGACGAAGACUGCUUCUCUCUGAUUGAGAAGGUUCACACAGCCCAGCUGCAGAAAGGGAUGGCUCAGGGAGGACAAAAAUGGAAAGGGGAUGCUGGAAAGGGGAAGGAAAAGGCAGAGCAAGGAAAGGGAAAGGGGGGUGGCAAGAAAGAUAAGAAGGACAGUGGCAAUAAGUAAUAGUCAGGUAUAUCAUGUUGUAUAUUAUUUAUUAAGGAAAACAAUACAGAUGAAAAGUGAUGUGUCAGUAAUUGGCUUGGAAACAAUUGAUUGAACCAUAUUUAUAAAACUGUAUCUGUAGUUUUCAUAUGCCCACACUAAUUAGAAGCUGUUGCUGUAGUACAACUCAAGUUUAUUGUUUUUAAUUUCAAGAUUGGGUAGGCAAUUUGUUGAGGCAUUUAAUUAUUAUUCUUCUCUGCUGGAUGAAUGUUCCAUAAACAUACAUAUAUACAUUGUCUAUUUUGUUUCAAGCUUAGUGGUGUGGGUGAGAACGCAUUGCUUUGCUUUUCCAAAUGUAAAUGCAAUGUAUACAGUUACUUUGUUAGAGGCUUUAUCCAAAUACUCUGGCAAAGUCUGGGAAACUAUGAUAAUAAAAAAAAUU